UGUAGCCGCGCGUGCCGGAGCCGGUUUCACCAUGAGCGGGGCACAGCGCGGGCCGCGGGCCCGGGACCCCGCGCAGGGGGAGCCGGGCAAGAAGCGGGGCAAACGGGAAGUGCGCGGGGAGUUCUCGGCGGCCAUCCGGGAGCCGGCGCUGCAGGAGAAGGCGGGGGCCGCCUGGGGCUGCGGGGAGCCGCUCAACCACGAGGCCAUCGCGCUGGAUCCUGUUCCCUUCUGCCACGGCGUGAUCCCCAACUUCAUCCAGUGCCCGGGCUUCCUGGACGGGCUGCAGCGGGAGCUCCUCAGCCUGGAUUUCCACCCGAAGUGCAACGAUUUGUACAAGUUCAAACAGUCUGAUGAUCUGAAGAAGAGAAAAGAGCCUCACAUCUCGGCCUUAAGGAAAGUUCUGUUUGAAGAGUUCCGGGAGUGGCUGUCUGCAGUUACCCAGGUGGAGCUGGAACCAACCAUUGACUUGUCCUGUGCUAAGUAUGAGUAUACAGAUGUCCUGCUGUGCCAUGACGAUGAGCUGGAGGGACGGAGAAUUGCCUUCAUCCUGUACCUGGUUCCACUGUGGGAGAAGAGCGACGGGGGCACUCUGGACCUGUACAGCACAGAUGGCCGCUUUCAGCCCCAGCAGGUCGUCAAGUCGUUAGUCCCUUCUUGGAAUUCCCUGGCCUUCUUCGAAGUGUCUCCUGUCUCUUUCCACCAGGUGUCUGAAGUUCUGACCGAAGGGAAGUGCCGCUUGUCUGUGAGUGGUUGGUUUCAUGGCCCGUCGGUGGCAAGGCCUCCCCGCUACAUUGAAUCCCUCUUGCCCCGGAGUCCACAUCUCCCAUACGAUCAUGAAAUCUUGUAUGAGUGGAUCAACCCAGUGUACUUGGACAUGGAUUCCCAAGCCCAGAUCCAGGAGGAAUUUGAGGAGCGAUCAGAGCUUCUCUUGAAGAACUUCCUUAAGGGAGAGAAAUUUCAGCUCGUGUGUGAAGCUCUGCAGAAAGAAGACAUCAAAUGGAAUCAUCAAGGACCCCCCAAUAAAAGAUGUUAUGAGAAGGCUGAGGAGGGGAGCCUUCCGGACAUCCUGAGGAAGUGCCUGGAGUUCUUCCACUCAGAGGCCUUGUUCCUGCUGCUCUCCAACUUCACAGGCCUAAAGCUGCACUUCCUGGCUUCCUCUGAUGAUGAAAAUGAGGAGGGAGAAGAAGGAAGAGCCGCAAAUUGCACUGGACACAGCUCUUCCAAACCCAAGCAAGGAGAGAGCAGUCAAAAGGCCAACGGCGAUGCUGACCAAGUAGAUCAGCCUGAAAAUGACCCCCAAACCAAAGAAAGUGACACAAAGAACAGCUCAAGUGUUCCCAUGUGCAUGGGGGAGCUAAGGCACUGGACAAAUGGCCACUACACUCUAGUCCAUGACACCCAAACCACAGAGUUUGCCCUGGACCUGCUGUUCUUCUGCGGCUGCGAAGAUUGGAAUGCAGAAUAUGGGGGCUUUACAUCCUACAUUGCCAAGGGUGAAGAUGAAGAGCUGCUAACAGUGAAUCCAGAGAACAACUGCUUGGCCUUGGUUUACAGAGACAAAGAGACUUUGAAAUUUGUGAAGUAUGUUAACCAUCGUAGUUUGGAGCAUCCGAAAAAACAACAGAGCAGAGCUGGAUUCUGGGACUUCUCUUUUGUCUACUAUGAGUGAUGGCACUGGGCAUGGUCAUCUUCUGAGAGGGAAUGGCUUAGUGAUACAGUAAUGGGUUUUGAAUUGGCUCCUGGACUGGCUUCUUAGUAGGUGCAUCUGCAAUGCAUGGAUCGGUUGGUGCCAUUUGAUGAGCCUAGAUUUGAUUUAGGCUAAGAGCUAACUUCACCUGACAGCACACGAGCUGUCAUGCUGGUGCUGAAGUCCAAGUGACUUUCAUAGGUUUGUUUUUUUAAUAAGUAACGGAAGCACUGUUCUGCUGUCCCAUCUUAACUCUUACCUCACUCUCAUAUUCUGGUGCUGCUCCACCAGAGGGCAUCUUACUUGGAUCUAUAACACUCCAUUCUUAAAUAGCUGCUUUGCAUAGCGUUCCAGCCCAGCAAUGAAUGUACAUCUUGCUAUGAUGCACAUUCAAGACUUAUAUAACCUCAGAUGGGUGACUGCUAUGAGCACUGCACCCAUUUGUACUCCAAAGCCUUCAACUGGUCACCAGGAGAAAAGAACCAGGCUUUGUUCCAAACCAGGGCUUCCUGAAGUGCAAGCCAGAUCUCUUCUGGGGCCUGGUUGUUCCCUCUGCAGUGAGAAAUAGUACAUGCAAAGCAUGCUGCCACAUAACUGCUGUAUUGUCUAGGAGCUGGUGGGUAAAGGAAAGAAGCUUGUGAAAAUGUCUGCCAAAAACAUGGGUGGUUGUUUUCCCCAAUGAAAAAAAUGAAACUUUGUAUAUCUGGGGAGAGAUGAUAGUUGAGGGGGAGCCUUCAGCCUCAGUCUGCUUGUACUGGUACAAAGAACAAACCCACAGGGUUUUGGUGAGCAGGGAAAGGGAAGUGGGAGGAUAUAAGGAAGGGUUAAAAUUGUGGGUUUUUUUCCACCAGCAUACACUGUCAAGGGCCUAUCCACCCUUCUUGUCUCCUUGGCAAAUAUAGUAGGUGGGGUUGCCAUUUCCAGUGUGUCUUCUCACCAUCACCCUUCAAGCUGUGGCCUAAUUCUAGCUGGGCAGUGGUGUGGUCUCCAUCACUCGAGUAGCUGAAUACCUAAUUUUGCAUUCUGCACUGCUUGUUCCAUCUAGUCACCUCAGCCUGCGGGGCUUGCAGUAGGCUGGUUAGGACACUGCUUGCUCAGCCAUGACAGGAACAGUACAUGCUUUUAAAAGCAGAUUGGCAUGACCUACUGCUCCCACGCGUGGUGCAGUUCUGACUUUGCUAGGAGUGCCAUGUUGCUGAAGCAGCAAGGCAUUGUCAGCCCACUCCCUGGUGUCACACAACAUGCUGGCUCUCAGGAAGGAACAGCAUGGCUGAGUGCUGUACAGCUGACUCUCUACUGCUUUGCACACACCGGUGCUGAGCUUAUUUUACAUUGCCUAAGAAAGUGUUUUGCACCUUCAGUAGUAACUGACUUACACACGUGUGCUUUUGCUGCAGUUAGAUGGAUUUGCAAAGGCACUAAGUCAUGCAGUAUAGCCCCUGGGCUUGAAAUGGGGUGGAAGAGAAACAUGCAUGUCCCUGCCUUCACAUACCAACUCGGUGUGGGAUGAAGCAGCAUGGGGAUGGAGCCUGCUACCCCCCUCGUUUCUGUGGAGAGCUGUGACUUCCUCCGUAUAUGUACCCCAGGACUGUUACAAGGCUCAGAAAUGGCGAAGUGCUGGAGCAUAGUGAGGAGUUUGCUCAAUGCACAUGAUCUAGCUUUAGCCAGAGCUUCAUGUAAUUAACUAACUUGCUUUCAUGAUCUGGUUUCUCUGUGCAAGGUAGAGAAUGCUUUCAUAGAUUCCAAGGCCAGAAAGGACCAUUGUGAUCAUCUAGUCUGGGCCCUUGUAUAACACAGGCAAGAGAACAUCCCCCAAAUAAUUCCUAUAGCAAAUCUUGUAGAAAAAAACAAUCCAAAAGGCUUUCUCAGCGGGUUUGAACAUUUAAACCAUGGUGCUGUAUUAAGCCAGUUGUGAUGAGUAUAAAACUAGAAACAAAUCCUAAUGGAGGUCAGGACACUUUCCAAAUUCCAAGCCAAGCUGCAUUUCUUCCAUGUUGAGUAUCACUUCCUGGUCUAUCAUUAUCCUUGAGAAAUAGAUUCUGUUCAGUCUUUGAGAUGCCAAAGCUGAAAUUACUGUGCAGUGCAAUUUUCCAUGCAUAAAAGGAAAGUUGAUCAGGUGGCUUAAAAUACAAGGGAGAAGCACAUAAUAGCCUACAAGGAUGUGAGGGCUGCAAGCAUCAAGAGUACAAGGAAAUGUUUAGACUGCAGCCAGGCAUUUGAAAUAGAAGUGAAAGGUCGAUUUUAUGGAAAAGCUGAUUAUUCUGUGUAAGAACUACUUUCUCCUAAGGCUGAGCUCCAUCCGUCUGUGGAAUAGCCUCCCAAAGGAUAGGCUAGAAGCUGAACCUGUAUGAAACCAGCUUAGCUCAAGUCCUAGAUAAUGCAGUGGAGGGCAACAAGUCUGCAAACUAGCCUCCAAGGGCUGUACUAGAUAAACUAACCUCCGUGCUCUAUGAAACAUCGGUGCAUCUCAGCUGUAUGACAUAAAAUAACUUUAGAAACAACGGGCAUCGAGGGAGCUAAAAAUCAACAGCUCCCCUUGCUCCCUGUAAGCUGGGCCUUGGGGUGGAAAGCUGUGUGUUGGAAAGAACAUGCCCCAAGAUUACUUGAAAUGCAGGAGAAAGGCACCUAAAAAAUCCUGUAUACAGGAAAUGCCAAGUGGUGUUUUAAAUCACAUUAGCUAAUGUUUAAAUAAAAAAACAUUUUGUUUAAUCUUGACAAAGA